AUGUUGCGGCCAAGGCAUGUCAUUCUUUCCGACGCACUUAUGCAGCUUUGUGUGACUAUUACGACCAACCUUAUAGAGAAGAAGUAUCUUGGGAUGUUGAGAAGAUUUAUGCGAGAUUUGAUUCCGAUCACGGGCGUUCUACAAUAUUCGUCUUACUUUACGGGUCUUGCUGCCGACGGGAUUCGAAUGACUUCGGAGAUGAUUGAUGUGAUAAUGGCUGUCAUCCGCAAAUCACGUCACUUGCAGGUGCUUCAGUUGAAGAACUGUGCGCUUCCGCGAGAUUUUAUCACCCUUUUUGCAUCGGCCUUACAGCAAAAUCCUUCUAUACCACUAGAAGCACUGGAUCUAUCAAAAAAUGUUCUAGAUGAUAAGAAAGGUUUUGUGCUGCUAUCCGGAGUGCUUCCACGAUUGACCACUCUGCGUCAGGUCAACUUUUCCGAAUGUGGCCUCACUGAAAAGUGUUCACAGCUGUUCUGUACAGGAAUCUAUUCUGCACUUACGGCUAAAUCCAACAGCGGAACGAUAUCGAGCCUAACGGAAUUGAAUUUUUCUACGAAUGUUUUAAAAGAUGAUGUGUCUUCGCUGGUUAACGUGGUCUCGCUGUGCACCAGUUUACGGGUUUUGGACUUGACCGACACGGGCUUCCCUUUGGAUAAAAUCUGGGCUGCCUUGAAAUAUGGAGGUCUUCAGAUAGAGAAGCUAUAUCUUGGUGGAUGCUAUGCUGGAAAGAAAGCGUCUGACUAUGCACAGCAAGUGAAGGAGUUUUUCUCGAUGGCUGUGAAUUUGUCGUUCAUAAGCUUCACUAACACGAUACUACCGGCGGAGUUGAUGAAAGCAAUGCUGCUUGGAUUGGCGAGCAACCAGCAGUUGAAGCCGUUUCACCUAGACAUCAGUGGUACCUGUGAAAAGAAUUGCAGUUCAGUGUUGGAAGCGUGCUUAGGAGGUGUCCAGUGCAGUAGUAUUUCACUACGAGAUAACAACUUGGAAACAGAAAUGCAGGCUGUUGUUCAUGCGCUUGGUAAUAUUAAAACCCUACGCCGCGUUGAUUUGGGUGGUGCCAAUUUAAUUGCACUUCGUCGCUCGUCGAAACAGGCCCAUGCUGCGACUAUCAACAAGACGAUUCUUGAUGUUGUGAAGCUGUUUUCUGAUGAGUCUUGCCUGGAAGAAUUGAUCUUAUCGGAUGCACGGCUUGGACCUCACCUUAGUGUCCUACUGAAUACACUUGGAGCAACAACUUCCCUCCGUCUACUUGACAUAUCAAAUAACGAUUUAGGACAUUUUGGGGCGCGAAUUCUUUCCAAGGCCCUCCAAUUGAACGUCUCUUUGCGAACGAUUAUCAUUGACAAUAACCAUUUGGGUGUUGAAGGACUAUACGACAUUGCAACAGCGUUGAGCAUGAACAAGACCCUCACAUCAUUACCGUAUCCCGUUCAAGACGUAUGCGAAUGCUUAGCAAGAGCUGGAUGUGAUCGUGUACGGCUUUUAUCAGCAAUGUCACAAAUGGAGUCUUGUCCUGGAGAAGGAAUCGUUCCCCUGCUAAUUCGGAUUUCGCAAACUUCCGAAUAA